AUGGCUGCGAGCGAUGAAGUUAAUCUUAUCGAGAGCAGAACAGUGGUUCCUCUCAAUACAUGGGUUCUAAUCUCCAACUUUAAAUUAGCCUACAAUCUCCUUCGUCGACCCGAUGGAACCUUUAACCGACACUUAGCUGAGUUUCUAGACCGUAAAGUCAGUGCAAACGCUAAUCCGGUUGAUGGGGUUUUCUCAUUCGAUGUUCUGAUCGAUCGAAGGAUCAAUCUUCUAAGCAGAGUCUAUAGACCAGCUUAUGCAGAUCAAGAGCAACCUCCUAGUGUUUUAGAUCUUGAGAAGCCUGUUGAUGGGGAGAUUGUCCCUGUUAUAUUGUUCUUCCAUGGAGGUAGCUUUGCUCAUUCUUCUGCAAACAGUGCGAUCUACGAUACUCUUUGUCGCAGGGUUGUUGGUUUGUGCAAAUGUGUUGUUGUCUCUGUGAAUUAUCGGCGUGCACCCGAGAAUCCUUACCCUUGUGCUUAUGAUGAUGGUUGGAUUGCUCUUAAUUGGGUUAACUCAAGAUCUUGGCUUAAAUCCAAGAAAGACUCAAAGGUUCAUAUUUUCUUGGCGGGUGAUAGCUCGGGAGGUAAUAUCGCGCAUAAUGUGGCUUUAAAAGCAGGUGAAUCGGGGAUCAAUGUUUUGGGAAACAUUCUGCUGAAUCCUAUGUUUGGUGGGAACAAAAGAACAGAAUCUGAGAAACGUUUGGAUGGGAAAUACUUUGUGACGGUUAGAGACCGAGAUUGGUAUUGGAAAGCUUUUUUACCUGAGGGAGAAGAUAGAGAGCAUCAUGCGUGUAAUCCGUUUAGUCCAAGAGCGAAAAGCUUAGAAGGGUUGAGUUUUCCGAAGAGUCUGGUGGUUGUCGCGGGUUUGGAUUUGAUUCAAGAUUGGCAGUUGGCUUACGCGGAAGGACUCAAGAAAGCGGGUCAAGAAGUUAAGCUUAUGCAUUUAGAGAAAGCUACCGUCGGGUUUUACCUCUUGCCUAAUAACAAUCAUUUCCAUAACGUUAUGGAUGAGAUUUCUGCGUUUGUAAACGCAGAAUCUUGCGGUUAG